AUGGCCCGGGAAAUUCAUCUUCCUCCAUCCACGGUCAUGUCAAGCAUAGCUCCACCGCCCCCGCCAGCGCCAAGACCAUCCCCCCAAGCAUCCUCAGGUAUCCUCUCCUCGGAGAACCUUGCCCGGCUAUCAACUCCAACUCCAACCCCAACCUCAAGCACAAUCUCUUCUCGCACUCCACCCCCGCCAACCACCAUCAACCCGUCAGACUCGAUAUCCAACACAGGACACCCCCCUCCACCAGCCGCCGUGUCCUUCCUCGCUAGCAUUUCUGAGUACUCCGCCGACGAGCUAUGGGAGAGCAUGGACAGCCUCUCGGAUGCCGUCAUCGGCAAGUGGACCUUUGCUUAG